UGUGUAACUAAGCGAUCGCAUUUAUUGCUCUCAAUUAAUAAUGUUCGCGCUCUUUAUUUGAGCGCCACUAAUACCUGCGCUCUCAGACGCUGAAUCGUUGAACGGUAUGCUGUGCGCUUGCGUUGUUCGCGUUGUUGUCAGCCAGUGCUUCGGUUUGUGCAUCGCUGUGUGUGUUUGUGUGUUGCGGCAAUCCUUUCUUUCAUUACCUGUCGUCAAGUCGACGCGAAUAUAUAAAUGAACCAAUUGAAAUUAGCGCUUUCAUUUGCACUCGAUAUUUUAAUUAUGAAACAUAUCGCUGAACGCGGCGAAUUCAAGCACAAUUAAGAACAGAAAGUGCCCGGAGACAAACAGCAUUUGAAUUACGGUUAGCGCUGCGUGUGUGAAACAAGUGAAAUUUGAGUCUAUUAAAUUAUUAUUUUUUCAUAUUUUCGAAAGAGUGUUGAAUAUCAAGGAAAGAAAAAUUUCAAAUUUUAAAAAUACUAAUAAGUGACAAAACAGCAUAUGUAAAAAGGCAGUUGGAACAUAAAAAACAAACUGUAAAAACUUUAAUUUAUUUGAAAAAAAUAAAGUGUCUAAAAAAAUAUAUAUAUAUAUCUGCGUGCUUCUAAGCUUUAAUUGUUUAUCCAACUUCACAAAAAACAAAUAAAAAAUGCAUAUAACGCUGCGAAUACUAUUGCCCACACUCCUUAUUUGCGGCGCGGUGGCGAAAAGUCAUGCCUACUGUUCGCUGGAAAAGAUGAAGAUGUUCGCCAUGGAAGCGUGUGAGCACCUAUUCCAGCAAGAUGAGGGCAGAGAGAAGCGUUCACUGCCCAUACCAUAUGAACACAAUUACAUACAUCACAAUGAAUAUCCCAAAUUGAAUGAUAAAAGUCACUUCAUCAGCCGCAGCUUAUACCCACAUGGUGGUUACUUGAAAGUGGGCCAAGAGCACUUCAAAAUUCUGAGUAAAGUCGAUGUCUUUCCACGUUACAAGCCGAAAAAGCUGCAUCACGACAAGAAGGAACGCUACAAGCGUGAACAUGCGCUCAGCUACAACAAUAUACCAUAUUGUUGUUACAACAAAUGUGAAGAGGAUUUCUUCUGCUAAGCUUUAAGUUGACAACACAGUUUAUCAGCUUUAAAGUAAACGUCCGUCCAGCCGUUAGCAAGCAAGAUCAACAUUCCAGCCAAUAACCGUUAAAUACAUAAUAUUUAUAAUUCUUUAAUUGUUUUUAAAAAUUUAAGUUUUAUAAUUGUAAAUAUUGUUAGAGUUAGAAAAAAUAAUACUUAGAAAAAAAUAAUGCGUAAUAUCCUAGUAGUGCAGUAGAGCGCACAAUGCAUCAUGUGUACCUUAUUAAUUAUUAUUUAUUAAAUAGUCUUUACAAA